AUGAACAUCUACCCUGUCCGAUAUACUCCAUACUUGAAUAAUUCAAGAAGAAGACAAAGAGUGAUUGACCCUAAUAGAGCGAAGAGUUCUCAAGGAAUGAGAUUGAAUUCUUCUAGUCAAUAGAGAUGUUCCACAUAAUAAAGUCCUAACAGAACACCUAGUUAAGGUGAAUUGCAGCAAAUAGAAGUAUGAUGAGAUUUGUUUUGAAUGAUAGUUUUAACAGCAGGCUGGGCCAAUUGCGCAGGUAUAAGUUCAUUUGAGUGUGUCUAGAAUUACUAAUAAUUGUUUCUGUCAACUUAGAUCAGAAGAAGUCCUUCGUUUCGAUUGAAGAAUUAUCAUGCGUCUGAAAUAACAUCGAGUGCACAAUCAACUUCUUAAUAAAAAAGAUAAAAUGCGGUUGUAAGUGGAAAGUAAGGAAUUAUAUUAGAUAUUAGCAAAAGCAAGGAAGACAGAAUAAAUAGAAUAAAUUUCUUAGGUGACCUAUUACAAUAAAUGGAGUAAAAUGGAUAAUAAACAAAGCAAUCCUUGUCAACAGAAAUGACCACAGUUCCUAAACCGAAAUUUGAAAUUCUGAAUACAAGAACAUUAACUGAAUAUGAAUAAAACAUAGAAGAAUUGCAUUUCUACCUUGUGGACUCCUAAUAAAGAACAAAGCAAUAUGCCCAAGUAAUUGAAAAGCAAAAAAUAAAUAAUUGA